AUGUUGGCCACAUUUACUUCAGCUGCAACUCUUAGGAGAGCAUGCCUUCCUCUAGUAAGAAGAACUUCACUUUUGUCAAAUGCAAUUAGGUUAUAUUCAUCUAACCAGCAAAGAGGUGGAUUGAACUUUUUCAAUAGAACAAGCUUACCUAUGAAUACAAUUGUGAAGUUUGUCCCCCAGCAAGAAGCAUGGAUCGUGGAAAGAAUGGGAAAAUUUAACAAGGUUUUAAAACCUGGUUUAGCAAUACUGGUUCCAUUCCUUGAUAAGGUUAGAUAUGUUCAGUCGUUAAAGGAAGUUGCACUUGAAAUUCCUUCACAAAGUGCUAUUACAUCGGAUAAUGUUACUUUGGAUAUGGAUGGCGUUUUAUAUUAUAGGGUUGUGGAUCCUUAUAAGGCAUCAUAUGGUGUUGAGGAUGCCCAAUAUGCAAUUGUCCAAAUGGCACAGACUACGAUGCGGUCCGAAAUAGGUCAGAUGUCCUUGGAUUUAUGUCUCCGUGAAAGGACCACGUUGAAUUCACAUAUUACAACUGCAAUAAAUGAGGCUGCCCAGGAUUGGGGUAUCCAGGUUAUGAGAUAUGAAAUUAGAGACAUCAGACCUCCUGUCAAUGUUGUUGAUUCGAUGAAUCAAGUUGUUGAGAAGGACAGGCAGAAAAGGGCAAUAAUUCUUGAGUCUGAGGGUAGAAGACAGAGUGAGAUCAAUAUUUCGGAGGCACAUAAGCAGACGGAGGUGUUAAAGUCUGAGGGUGAGAUGAGAAAGCGCGUCAACUGGGCAAAAGGUUCUGCUGAAGCAGUUACUAUGAAAGCUGAUGCUGAUUCAGCUGCUAUUAAGAAAAUUGCAAAGGCCAUUACUGAUAACAAAGGUGGUAAGGAUGCCGUUUCACUCAGAAUUGCUGAAAAAUAUGUGGAGGCAUUCGGAAAAUUGGCAAAGGAGACGAACACCGUUAUUCUUCCUUCCAACUUGGACAACUUCUCGCAGUUUAUCGCAGCUGGAAUGGGAAUCUACAAGAAUAUAGACAGUAACACUUUGGCUAAGAAGGUUAUUGACGCUGAUAAAGCUCCAAAGAAAAUCCUUGAUUCUAAAAACUAG